AUUAAUCUCAUUCUCAUCAUGUGCAGUGUCCGUCUGUUAAGGGCCUUUGAUUGUAGACACAAUCUAGGGAUAUCAGAGCAGAUAAAAGCCUCUCUGCCCUUGCGCUUUUCUAAACAUUACCAUAAAACAUCCCACACCGUUCAUCAGUAGAGACUCAGCUUUAUCGCCCAUCUCAGCCAAUGCCUUCCGGUAUCAGAACAGCACCUUUAUUUCCAGCUCUUGGUGACGAGUCGCAGUUAAACCUGCCUGAUUUACUCGACUUCAACCUCAACCAUAAUCCCGACUUCCCGCUUUACGUGUAUCCAAAUGCUGAUUCUUCCGUCACGGAAAUCAAAACGCUGGAAUUCGUUCGCGCCGCUCAUCGCGUCGGGAAUAUCGUUCGGGGAAGCUCCGCGCCUGGUGGCGUUGUAGCGAUCGUCGCCAACAUAGACGUUAUCGUAUACGCUGCUUUAAUCGCUGGUAUAAUGAAGGCCGGCCUAGUGCCGUUUCCUAUAUCACCCCGAAACUCGUCUGCUGCACUUCUCCAUCUCCUUCGACAGACAUCCACGCACCGAAUCCUUAUGACAAAAACCACUCUGCGAGGUGUGAUGGAUGGCCUGCAAGCCGAACUCCGUACGGUUGAUCCGACCUAUGAGCUUAGCAUCGAAGAGGUACCUACGUUGAAGGUUGCAUAUCCUCGCCUCGGACAAGAAACGGCGGAUGAUCCUUUCACUCCUAUUAGUUCGGCAUUUUCUCCCAAGGAUUCAGACAAAGGCAUAUACCUACACUCUUCGGGCUCAACUGGAUUCCCCAAACCCAUACUGUUUACUCAUCAAAUAAUCAAAGACGAUGCUUCUCUACUGUACAUUCGCAAGAUGCGCGAGGUCUUUGGCAACUCAAUAAUAAACGGGGGUCUAGCUCUUCCUACAUUCCAUAUGAUGGGCUUUUGUACUCACAUAUUAUUCCCCUUGUACGGGCUUAUAACGACCGGAGUUUUUGCACCGACUGUGACGCAGGCCGACGCAGUACCAGUUGUUGGCACGGCAGAAACUGUUCUGGAAGCAGCAAAAAUCAUCAAACCCAUAUGCAUGAUCAUUCCACCAACCUUUUUCAACAGUUGGGCCCAGUCAGACGAUGCUGUGGCAUUCUUCCGAACGAUGCGUAACCUGAGUUUCGGUGGAGGACCUAUCGCCCCAAGUGUCGCUGAGUCGCUUAUUGCCAGGGGAGUACCCGUAAGCGCUGGGUAUGGGGGCACCGAAUUUGGUGUGGUAUCCGAAUUGCGCGUUGAUAAUGCCGAAACAUGGCAGUAUUUCGAAUUCAGAGAUAGAACUAAUAUUCGAUGGGUAGCUCAAGGGGAUGGCACUUUCGAGGCUCAAUUUUUGACGUGCAAAACGCACCAUCUCGCUGUGGAGAACCUUACAGACACUCGUGGCUAUGCCACUUCGGACUUGUUUGAACCUCAUCCCACUAUUCCGAACCUUUGGAAGAUUGUUGGGCGUAUUGACGAUGUUAUAAUCCAUUCAAAUGGCGAAAAAACAGUUCCGGAACCAAUUGAGUCCAUUGUCUCUGCGAAUCCUUUAAUCAAUGGAGCGGUCAUGUUCGGCAGACAGCGUGAUCAACCAGGAAUCAUAUUGGAGCCUUUGCCGGGCUACUGGAUCGACGCCAAAAACGAUGCUGAGGUAUCGAAGUUUAGGAAUCUCGUCUGGCCGGCGAUAGAAGAGGCGAACAAGAUUGCUCCUUCUUUCAGUCGAAUUUUUAAAGAGAUGAUUCUCAUCGUCAAUCCCGAAAAACCUCUGCCUCGUGUAGGAAAAGGCACAGUCGCAAAAAAAGCGGCGCUGGCAUUAUACGAGACCGAGAUCAACGAGUUAUACGAUACCGUUGAAUCAAACUCUGGAGGCGACUCUAUCGAGCCACCAAAAAGCUGGAAUGCAUCUGAUGUAGAGACUUGGCUUAUUAACCAAAUUUCCGAUAUUCUUUCGGUGGAAGCUCUUUCCGUCACCGGGGAUUUAUUCGAGCAAGGAUUAGAUAGUCUCUCUUCCACUAUACUCCGCCUUCGUUUCGUUAGCGCUCUCCGAAAAUCUGGAUUUGCAUCACUUGUGGCUACAAUCACUCAGAACAUUGUCUACAGUUAUCCGACAAUUUCUCAGCUUACAGAUGCCAUACUCAAUAUCGUCGCCAAUCCUAAUGACCAAACCAAGAGCGAAAAGACCCAUGAAGCACUAAUGGAGGAAAUGAUCUCCAAAUACUCGCAAGGCCUGGAUGUGCCACUUCCACAGUCCGCCACUUCAAUAAACCCAACUCAGCAAUAUGUUCUACUUACAGGAUCUACCGGAAAUCUUGGAGCCCAGUUAUUAGAGUCUUUGCUUUCGAAAGACUCCGUAGUCCGUGUUUAUGCUCUGAAUAGACCAUCCACUAGAGCGUCGAUGUAUGAAAGGCAUCGCGCACGGUUCGAAGAUAAGGCUCUCGAUAUAUCUCUGUUGUCAUCACCUAAGCUGGUCUUCCUGGCUGGAGAGACUUCGCACGAUGACCUCGAUUUACCAGGAAAUAUACUGAAAGAACUCCGUCAAAACUUGACUAUGAUUAUUCACAAUGCUUGGAGACUCGACUUCAAUCUUUCACUCGCCUCUUUCGAGUCGCAUGUGAAAGGCUCUCGAAUUUUAAUGGACCUUGGUCGCUCCAGCCGCCAUUCCUCUUCAAUUAAAUUCUUGUUCACGUCGUCGAUUGGUUCAACUCAGUCGUGGGAUGCCCAAUCGCUGGGCCCAUAUCCUGAAGAGGUUGUGAUGGAUGCAAAGUAUGCUGUCGGAGGUGGCUACGGAGAGAGCAAAUAUGUCACGGAACGGAUACUUGCAAAGAGUGGUCUUCAAGCAACUUCGUUCAGGAUUGGUCAAGUAACUGGUGGCGCACCGAACGGAGCGUGGGCAAUAACAGACUGGGUUCCAAUUAUCGUGAAAUCAAGUCUUACUUUGGGCGUGCUUCCCGAUGCUUUUGGAGUUGUUUCAUGGGUCCCAAUGGACGCCGUGUGUAAUGCUCUUCUCGAUGUCGGAUUUACUUCUGAGCCAGCGCCCAUGGCCGUAAAUGUUGUGCACCCGAAGUCUGUCCCCUGGACUUCAGUAAUUCAAAACGUCCAGGUUUCCCUCAUUGAACAAAAGCAUCUUUCUCCCGAUGCGCUUCCGCUAGUACCCUAUCAUGAUUGGGUUGCCGCAGUUGAAAAGUAUGCAAAGAAUCCAACGGAAGCAGAUACUCAGAACAUUCCCGCUGUGAAGUUACUCGAGUUCCUUUCGCAACAAGCCGCUGUAGAUGAUGCACUCAGACAGUCCAACCAAAGUACGAUGGAAAGCGCUGGUCUCACUCAGCUGAGCACGGAAAAGCUCGAGAGACUGAGUAAGAGUAUGAAGGCGCUCAAACCCUUGGAUGCUACCCUCGUACAAAAAUGGGUCAGUUAUUGGGUAGCUGCGGGCUUUUGA